AUGAGCAAUAUGCACGAAACGGUCUCGGUGGGGACUAGCGAGAGGAGUAGCGAAGGCACGAAUAGCGACUCGGGGCUCGGCUCCUCGAGUAUAAGCAGUAUGGCUUCUGGCUUUGACGACUUCGAUCGAUGGCAGGCGCAAAUUGGCUUGAAAACGGUUGGUGAGAGCUUGCAAGCAGCCGCCAAGGCUGUCUUUCCAACCGAGAAACGCGCUUCGUACUCAAAAGUCUAUGUCUUGAUGAUAUCCUGGGAGGAUGAUCGCUCAUCAGCUGAUGUGUCGAGGUUAUUUGGGGUUUUCAGGGACAUAUACCACUUUGAGACGGAGCUAUGGAGGAUUCCCGACGAGAAUUGUGAUAUUGAAACCACCCAAAAAAUAGCCCAGUUCGUCCAACUGGGCGGUAAUAGUGAUGAACAUUUGAAGAUCGUCUAUUAUGCUGGACAUGGCGGACUAAACAAGAAUCAAGACUUCGUCUGGACAAGUGGGUAUACCGAUUCCAAGCACAAGCAUCGCACAGCUCAAUGGAACAUGACCCAGAGUUCCUUGGAGCACGCACUCAGUGAUGUGCUUUUUCUCUUGGAUUCUUGCCAUGCAGGAACGGCCAACAACGAAGGUAGUGGAGUCACUGAACUUAUAGCCGCAUCUCCCUACAAUGCAGUAGCCGAUUGUAUCAGGCCGUCUGCAUUUACAAGAGACCUGGAGAUUGAACUUAGGGAGUUGAGCGACCUCCCAUCCUUUUCAAUCGGUAAUUUGUACCAUAAUUUAUUUUGCCGAGUUCAAGCUAGAUUGGCAGAGGAUGGAGCGGAACGACAAGAACCAAUCUACCUUCCCCUAACCCAGGGUGACCCGCAAUCCCCACGAAGUAUCCGACUAUCUAUCCACAAAGAGGGCCUGGGGGAUUUCCCAAACAGUACACCAGCUCUGGCUGUGGCUCCGUUUCAAACCUCCUCUGCGAUAUCCCCUACACAACCCCCUCGGUUUGCGUAUGCGAUACGAUUGAAAGAGGCUUUCAACAUGGGAGACAUUUCCCCGAACCUCUUCAUGGACUGGCUGCAAAAUAUGCCAUCCGCCAUCGAAGGCGUGAAAGUUGAGGCAGGCUUUCAUAGCUCUCCCUCAUUACUGAUCGCGUCAGUUCCGAUUUGCAUGUCUAUCUACAUGCCGAAACACCCUGCUAUUGUGAACCUAGGACCUGUAACCUCCUGGAAUCAGGUGCUCAAUAGAUUUCCAAUUCCGAAAGACCUUCCGACCCCGACACCUGAAAUCUGGACUUGGGAUCAUUUGGAGAAACGUCCUAGUAGGAUACAUCUAGAUGCGAAUUAUCAUGGCACUCUAAAUAGUGUUAAUGGGAGCCCGAAAGCCUCAGAGAUUCGCUUCCGCAAACAAGGCCGAAUGGCGAACGGAAAGGAGGACAUACUUCCCUUGGAUAGAGCUUAUUCGUCACAGUAUAGUAUUGCAAGCAGUCUCACAGAAGAACCCGCUGAUCUCAAUGGUCUCAAUGGUCUCAACGGAAAUUAUGAAUCUGAUGAUACCGACGCGCAGCAAGAAAAAUCGCACCGUAUUGACCCAUUCGGCCCUCACGCCUCAGAGUCUUCCGGUCCUCGAUCAAAGGCUCAUGCUAAAAUCAAGUCAUAUACUGAUGAUCCAGGCAUCGAAAGGUUUCCAAGGAUUUCAAAGCCAGUUGAGCUUCUUCGAAAUUCAUACGAUUGCGUUGUCAUCGGAUCUGGUUAUGGCGGAGGUGUAGCCGCGAGCCGGAUGGCAAGAGCAGGGGAAUCCGUUUGUCUCCUUGAAAGAGGAAAAGAACGAUGGCCUGGGGAGUACCCCAGCGGAUUUUUGGACGUCGUCAAACAACUCCAUGUGUCUGGGAAAUUUGCCCCUGGAUUCCUUCGCGGCUCAAUGGUCGAAGGAGGCGACCCAACAGGUCUUUACCACCUCAUCAUGGGCAAGGGCCAGAAUGCUUUCGUGGGAAAUGGUCUCGGUGGGACAAGUCUAUUAAACGCAAAUGUCUUUCUAGAGGCUGAUGACGGAACCAUGAAGAUGGACUGCUGGCCAAAGGAGCUCCGUGGAUAUGAUAAAUUGGACAAGUACUACAAACGCGCGGCAGACGUCCUUCAACCGGAGACAUAUCCCACUGAUUGGCCUGAACUUCCAAAGCUUAAAUUGCUAGAGAAGCAAGCAAAGAAUCUAGGACUCGAGGAGAAGUUCAGCAGAGUCCCUCAAACCACCCGGUUUCAAGGCGGGCCUAAUAGCACUGGUGUGGAAAUGUACCCAUCAGCCCUGACCGGAAUGGAUUCUACUGGAGUCAAUGACGGAAGCAAGUCUAGCACUCUCGUCAACUACCUUUCCGAUGCGUGGAAUUGGGGCGCCGAGAUGUUUUGUGAAUGUGAAGUGAGGUAUAUCAAGAAACACCCAAACCCUGAUGAAGAGGGAUAUCUUGUGUUCUUCGCCUGGCAUGGCAGCAACCGAGGCGCAUUUAAAAACAACCUCUACGAAGACCUAAUGUGGGUCCAUGCGAAGAAAUGCGUCUUUCUUGGAGCUGGUAGCAUUGGCACCACUGAGAUUCUUCUACGAAGCAAAAAGCUCGGCCUUUCCAUGAGUGAUAAAGUUGGGACCGGGAUGAGUGGGAAUGGCGAUAUUCUUGCUUUUGGUUAUAACACUGACGAGGAGGUCAACGCCAUCGGCCGAGAAUACCCUUCACCAUACAGGCCCAUCGGACCCACUAUCACUGGAAUUAUUGAUUGCCGUCAUGGUCUGGAGAAUCCAUUGGAUGGGUUUGUGAUCGAAGAAGGCGCGGUUCCCAAAGCGCUUGCUCCAUUGUUCCAGACGAUGCUAGAAAUGAUGCCCGGGAACCAAAUGCCAAAAGGCGAGGGACUUGUAUCAAAGGUGAAGCAUGCGCUGGCACAGCAAGGCAGUCGCUUCCUGGGACCCUACUUCUCCAAGGGGAGCAUCGAGAAAACGCAGGUCUAUUUGAUCAUGAGCCAUGACGCCAAUCAAGCAAUCCUUACUUUGAAAGACGACAAGCCUAUCCUUGAGUUCCUCGGUGUUGGCAGGAGCACUUAUGUCAAUAAGCUUAAUGAUAUCCUCAAAAAAGCUACUACUGCUGUGGGUGGGACUUUUGUUCAAAGCCCGUUCUAUGCAUGUCUUGGCCAGCAGGAGAUUACUGUGCACCCCAUUGGCGGUGCGUGCAUGAGCAAAGAUGGAACAGCUGAUACUGGCGUGACCAACCACUAUGGAGAGGUCCUGACUGGUCGCGGCAGUGAGACACAUCCCGGUCUCGUUGUUACCGAUGGAGCUGUGAUUCCCACGGCUCUUGGUGUCAAUCCAUUUGCGACUAUUACAGCUCUUGCUGAGCGCUCAGUAGAACAUGCUGCCCGUGAUAUUGGCAAGAAGAUUGAUUUGAAGACCAAGAAUCACCAUUUGGAUCUGUUUGCCGAGCCGCAUCAAUAUACGCUAGACAAGCGUCAUGUUACUCGUGAAGAUACUAUCCGUAUAGCUAAGGCCAAAGACUUGGUGGCAGAAACUCGAGCUACAAAAGCUAGUGGGUUUGGUUUCUCCGAGGUGAUGUCUGGGUAUAUUCACAUCGGUGAUGGGAUACAGGGUGAUAAAAUAGCGGAUUAUGAGACAGCCGCCAAAACAGCUCGAGGCCUUUGCGAGGAGGCGAGGUUCUUUUUGAGCGUUCAAACCUUUGAUACAGCGAGAACUGUAAACCGAGCCGAUCAUAAGGCUAUGCUUACGGGAACCUUCACCUGUGCUGGUCUUCCAGGCAGUCCAUUUUUAGUCCAACGAGGCGAUUUCCAACUCUUUAGCAUCGAUCAAUCUGCACCUGGUACCAGAAAUCUGACCUACGAUUUUGACAUGACUUCCGUGGACGGUGAACAAUUCCAUUUCCAUGGAUACAAAGUUGUCGAUUCGUCUGUUGCAUUAGGACCUUGGCGGUUCUGGGCUGCAGCUUCAACUUUGUAUGUGACAAUAUCGAAAGCACGCGGGGAUAAGACUGUACUUGGACGCGGCAUGUUGCACAUCAAGCCUUCCGACUUUUUGUCCGAGUUAUUUACGCUGAACCCCUCCGGCCGUAACUUCUGGGCAAAACUGCAUUCUACCGUUAGCUUCAUGGGAUACUUUGCUAGACAGUCCGCCAACUUAUUCCUAGCUCCCCUGGUAUAUCAACAGUAUCCUGCUGUAACCUACCAUGGUUACAUUAAUAACACAUCACCGGAUGACACAAUCCAAAUUGUUGCCUCAGAUGGGGUAAAGACACUGCUUCAUGUCUGGGAACCGCGGAACCCGAAUAUCAAGACCAAGAACCUAUUUAUGGUGCCUGGUGCUUCCGUCGACCAGCAAAUAUUUGCUCUUCCGACAAUCGAAGUCAAUGCGGUCAACUAUUUUACCCGGGCAGGAUACCGAGUCUUCGUGACCGUGCAUCGGAUCUGCCAGCUCAUGGUGGCAGAGAACAACUGGACAACUUUUGAUUCCCGUCUUGACAUCAAGGCAAGCCUGGAAUGGAUAAGAAAAGAACACGGAAACGACAAGAUUUACACCAUUGCUCACUGCAUGGGUGCUGUUGCGUACUCUUGCGGUCUACUGGAUGGCACGAUUCCUGCUGAUUGGAUCCUUGGGAUCUCAUGCUCACAAGUUUUCUGCAAUCCCAUCUGGUCGGCCCUAAACAUGGCUAAGGUCCUAGCCGGCCCAAUCCCCUUUGAUAAGCUGUACUCUUUGUUUGGAGGAUCUUGGUUUUCUUGUCAUUCAACUAAGGAUGACUCGUAUUUCCAACAGUUUCUUAACCAGAUUCUUCGGUUCUACCCUGAUUCUCGGUCUGAAAUCUGCAACAAUGUAUCUUGUCACCGCUGUUCUUUGGUUUUUGGAAGACUUUGGAACCACCGCAACCUCAAUGAAGCCACCCACCGACAAAUCAACCGCUUCUUUGGCGGGGUUAACAUGACCCUCCUGCAUACGCUCAUGCAAAUGGGAUACCGCGGCUGCGUCACCACAAACGGCCCCCUGUUUGAAGAGCUCGACACCCCAGACAACCUUGCUCGUCUUAAAGGCAUCCCUAUCAUGCUCUUCUCCGGCUCCGACAACAAAGUCCUCACACCCGAAUCAACCGAGAAAACAUAUGGUAUCCUGAGAGAUACGUUUGGCUCGGUGGGGUAUGAGAGACAUGUCGUUCAGGGAUAUGGGCAUCUGGAUUGUUGGAUGGGUAGGGAGGCGUAUAAGGAUGUUUACCCUAUAGUUAGGGAGCAAGUUGAUAAGGUUUGUAGGGGUGAGGAGUAUAGAUAUCAUGAACCGGACUGGAAGAAUGAGUGGCAAGACUGGAAGGAUUUGCCGAAGAGUUCGUAA